AUCCGACAAAGAGCUGCAGUACUGCAAAGUGUAAAGGGAGCGAGAGAGAGAGGAGAGAGAGGGGUGAGGGAGGGAGGGGGUUCCGCACUGUCGUUACGAGUCCAAGUGAAGGCAGGAGGAGAGACGCAUUAAUGCAGUAGCCUACAGUGCCACAGCACUUUACACGGGCGAAACUACCGCACUUCCCUCGAGACGCACAGAGAGAAAAAGCGAGCUAGAGAGAGGGAGGUGGGGGGUAACAGAAAUCCAAGAGAGAGAACUGAUUUCUCAUGACUGGACUUUUUCUUUUUUCCCCCUUAAUUUUGAAAUUGCACGCAUUUGCCAUUAGCUUUUAGAAGAGGCAACUCAACAACCAGCCAAUCAGCGCUGCGUCUCCGCAUCCAGGAGCAGGUCUAUAAGGACUCCGCAUCAACUGCAUGCAUCCCUGCAGGAUUUAUAAACAUCCGUGGAUUUCGUUUGAAUGGAUUAUAAUUUAGAAGUACUUUUGUCUUGAGCUCAGCAUCGCUCUCCUUCACUUCCUGCUUUCUAGUCCAGUCACUCAGUGAAUUAUCGCCCGGCCCGGUUACGUGUCUCAGUAUAUUGCGGUACUUUGUUGACGACUUGCAGUGUAAAUGCAUCGCUAGAAGAUCGGCUCCACUGCGCAAAGACCCGCAGUCUGUUUACUGUCAGCGCGCCACUUUAAUUACUUUGCUGAUUGUACAUUUUGACUUUUUAGACCAGUGCCUAGACAUUUUCGUCUGUUUUUUUUCCCUGUCAUCUUGCUGUUUUCUUUUUCCUUCCCCCCCUUGUGGUACUUCAGACCCUCCCUCUCCACCUCAGAUCCCUCACCCCUCCUCCGCUGCCCGUGAGUCAGUUCAAACAGCUGCAUAGAAGAUGUCUGCCCCGGAUGCUGCUGCAGGUGGAGCCCCUGGUGCUCCAGGAGCCCCUGGUGCCGAUGGAGCCCCAGGCGGUGUCCCUCCUGGCCCACCCAAUACUUCCAGCAACCGCAGGCUACAGCAGACACAGGCCCAAGUCGAGGAGGUGGUGGAUAUCAUGCGGGUGAAUGUAGACAAGGUUUUGGAAAGGGACCAGAAGCUUUCAGAGCUGGAUGACAGAGCGGAUGCUCUCCAAGCCGGAGCCUCCCAGUUUGAAAGCUGCGCAGCUCAGCUAAAGAACAAGUACUGGUGGAAGAACUGCAAGAUGAUGAUCAUGAUGGGUAUCAUUGGAGUCAUUGUGGUUGGAAUACUAUUCUUGUACUUCUUCUACUGAGCGCAGCCCAUCAAUACAGAUGGAUAUGGACUUAAGAAUGAUACGAGAGGGAAGAGGGAAAAAAAAAAAGAUACCCAAGCGCCACUCCUCCCCUUUUAUCCGUCCUCCCUUCUCCUCUUCACACAGUCUUCCAUUAAACCAUUUUGCACUUCUACAUGACGGUAGUGUUUAUAGGUGUCUCCGCUCUCUUUGUCCCCCUCUCCCUCCCUUCUAGUUGCUUUCUUCCACUGUUUUGGUGUUAAGGCUCACUCACUCUCUCCCGUCUCUGCACCUCAUGUAUUAUUGAAGGACGCAGCAGGCGGAGUGGAAGAGGAAGGGAAGGAGGGGGAGAGAAAAUUCUUGUGACAUGGGAACACACAAGGCUAAGCCCUACGAACGGAGCUGUGGGGGUAAAUGUAAACGGUACAGAUGGUGAAUGAGUGCAGGGAGGUUGGUCAAGAGUUUGCAGUCCUUUCUACCCCAGAUACGCCAAAGUUUGUUCAUAUUUUAUGUUCUUUUUUGAGAGUCCCACAUUUGUAAGUUGAUACUGACAUGCCUAAUUAACACCCCCCUUCUUUCACAACUGCUACCAUCAUCGCUACUUACUUACACAAGGUCAUGUUAGAUUAAUAUUAGGAACAUUGUUUGUUGUAUGUGCGUGUGUGUAUUUGUGAUUAAAGCAUUCUAGCCAAUAGCUUUUUCAGAGUUUAGCUGUUUUUAUUAGUAAUUUUUUUUGUUUCCUUUCCUGCCUAAAUUUCUACAACGUUCAGUAACAACAAUGAGGGAAAUAAAUUUGAAAAGAGACUGUGUGAGAGUAUAAGGAAAGGAAGAAGUGUUUCAGGGAAUAGUAGUAUACAUGUUUCCCCUGUAUAAAUAAGACAAACUUCUGGACUGAUAAAUAAUUAUUGAUAAAGUAGUUGUAUAGCUUGGUUUCACCUUGGUUUUUGUACCACAGGCAGAGGCACAGUAGUAGUGUUAUGCUUAGUGGCUGAGUGAUAUGCACAGCAGGAGAAACUGACAAGCAGCCACUAACAGACAAUCUACUGUACACAUGAACUGACCCAGAGGAAGGUCUCUUAACUCUGACUUGGACAGAGUCACAGCCAUAGACAGACGAAUGUGAAGCAUCACAUUUAAAAAAAACAAAAAACACACAGGUCCAAAUGCCAACUUGUUUUGGAAGUUGUGCAAAUAAAGUGUUUGUUUGAUUGUUGUUUAAAUUUACCUGAUCUUCAAAAAGCAGGAAAAUGAGAGAAAGGACAUGAUUUAGAAACAAAGAGCCACCUUGGCCAUCCUGUCCCCAACCCCGUCACUCACAUAAAGACAGACUCACCUGCAGUAAAUGCAAAAUGAGUUUGUUUAUAACUUGCAUGGCAAACCGUGUCCAUAGUUUUGCCUAUUUGUGUGAUCUGUGUAUCUGCCAUUUCUGAAUCUAACUGCCGAUUGUACAUUUUUUUUUUGUUAGUGGUUUCAAUGACCUGUGUAUAAUGUCUUUCUGAUCUGAUAAUUACUGCUUAUGCAAUGCAAUGAUGCUCAAGAGUUCGCCAAAUGUUAAUUUAUUAAUAUUCAGAGACUGCAAACAGCUCCUACUAUAGUGAACUGCUAAAACAUGUAGUAUUGUAUGGAUAGAACAAUAGUGCACAUUAUGUCAGAUUAUGCUCCUGAAAAUGUGUUUAUAAAUUCUUUCAGGUUUUUUUGGGGGGGGGGGGGGUUGUUGGAUAUAAAAGAAAAGCUAGUUUUCUUUUCUUCGGACUGAUUUUGAAAGUUGAUCAAAAUAAAGAUGCAUAAUUGUAGCAGUUAGUUAUAAUUAUCUGAUGAUAUUGUGUAACAAUAUUAUUAGGUAAUUACCACAUGAGAACAUGUUUUGUGAUUUGCAACCUGAAAAUGCAGUGAGAUGAUGCAACUGGAUUUGCGAAAACAAAUGCAUGCUUAACACUUUUGCUGAUGCCAAUAAAGAAAUCAUCAACAGAA